AUGCUGACCCAGACCGCCACCCGCCAGCGCCGCUGCCCCUACCGCUGUAGCGCAGCCGCGCGCGCGCGUGUCGCUGUGCUUUUGUUUCGGGCGUGCGGUGGCCGGAGGCGGGUGGCGACGUGGCGGUCGCGCGGGCGCGGGGCGGCCAGAGCUCGACACGUCCAUGCCGCGCCGCAAAUGGCGAUAGGAGGAGACGCGGGCCCGUGGGUCGCGAGGGGGUCAUUUCGCGUCACUGAGAGAGGGGAACGGAGGGGCAGCGGCCUUCGGCGACUGGAGGGGCGACGCCAUCGGCGGCCGGAGGGGCAGCGGCUUUCGGCGACCGGAGGGGCGACGGCGUCGGCGGCGCCUGAGAUCUGGAGCACCGGCCCCAGGACGGAUCUCCCUUCCCCUGUGUCUAAUGGAUCCUUCGGCAGCACCUCUGGUGAGAAUGAGGGGAGUAAGAAGGUUAAGAAGAAGAUCAAGAAGAAAGGCAAUCUAUGUGGCUUUAAGUCAAGGUUUAACUCAAAAAGGCUGGCUGAGAUUGGGAAGCAAGUAUCACCGGAAAAACGGAGAAUCAUAAGGCAGGGACCGUUUGGAGACUUGUUGGACAUCCGGUCUUUCAAGGUGCCCCAUGAGCUCAUUGAGUUUGUUGUGAUGAACACGAAUCACAUACUCUCUGAGUUCAAACACAAGAACAAGUCCAUCACCUUCAGCAAGCUCAUGGUGAAAAGGAUUUUCAACGUGCCAUCCGGUGAUAGACCCAUGAAGCUUCUUAAGAAGAGUGAUGAACAUGAUCUUCGCAGCAUCUACAAGGAGGGGAACAGGGCUCCAAUCGCCCAUGUUGUCAAGUUGCUCACUAGUUGCAGCGAUGAGGACGUGGUUAUGAUAAAUAGGACUUGGACACUCCUUGCGUUGGCAACAGUUUUGUGCCCAGGCACUGGCAAUAUGGUGAAUCUCGAGUAUCUAGCUUCCUUGGAAGAUAUGUCUUUGGUGCAUGAAUUCGCUUGGGAUGAGCACUUGUUGGCACGAGCGAUGGAGGAGGUUGGAGUCUUUCAAGAGAAGAAGAGGAUGCAAGCAAAUACAGAAAAAGCAGCAGAGUUUCAGAUCGCUUCAUGCCUUCCCAUGUUAGCGAUCAUAUACAUGGAUCAUAUUGAUAUCCCGCCCGGCCUCCCAAAUGAGCAUGCCAUUGAUUAUUCCGUGCCGAGGAUACGCUUUGUUUGCCAAAAGGAUUUUGAUUGGUUGGAUAAAGUUGACAAGAACAAGCUCACUCUUGUCCAACCUUUCUACGGGAAACACACCCAAAUCCGGAGUUUGUGCAACACCCCCUAUGCAGCACAACUCAUGGGACAGGAAGUUGGUGCUGAAGCAGCCAGUGGGCAGGGAGUUGGUGCUAAAGCACCUAGUGGCCAAGGAAGCCAAAUUCAAGGUGCUGACAUUCAAGCAAAGGAUUCUCAAUCAAACGAGGCUCAACAAAAUGUUGAUGUUGAACCACACCUAUCAUCAUCGCUCAACGAUUGGCUACAGCAAUCAUUUCCUAGCAUGCAAGAUCUAAGGGUACCAACUCAGUUUCAAAUGCUCUACGACAAGCACAAGGGUAUUUUUGCAGCAGAGGUGGAUGGUGUAGCAGGCAAGUUUGGACAGUGUUUAAAGGGAUUGCAGUGCAACCGGAUGGCCGCUCUCCUUCGUGAUGUUGGAGACGCCAUCACAGCUACCAAUGAGCCCAACUUUUCCUUUGAAGCACCUAUCAUGGACGAAUGUCGCAGAAAAGAGAAUGAUGCUAAAGCUGCAAAUGCCGACAUUGGUGCUCAAGCUCAAGCUCAAGGUACAACACCUAGCAUCAACAAGGAUGAAGUCACCGGAUUGAACCUAGAAGUUGCAACAGAGGCUGCGGAAACUCGUGAGCAACAAAGAGUGAGUUUCGAGAUGGAAGGCAAUGCCUCACUGUAG